UGGAAAUAAGGAUGUUCAGUUUGCAGUAAAUUCUGUUCAGAGCCCAAAGCUGAGCCCAGGGACCCCAGCAGCAUAAUCAAGGCCGUGAUUGAUGAGAUGUCAGCGACUGUUAGACACAGCGUGUGACGCAUCCAGUCACUGGGGACCUGAGUGUUUGUCAUAAUGUCACAGCACCUGCUGCUGCUGCUACCUUGGGGUGUCGGGGAAAGGGAUGCGCCUGACGUGGCCGUCCCCUCCCCCAGCGCCCCGCACGUGUUCGGAGGAAGGUCGCGGGGGCAUCUGCCAUCAGGAAAGACAAAAUGGAGCCACGCAGGGGAAAGCAGCAUGGGGUGGGGGAAGGUGGCGCGUUCCCGGCGCGGGGAGAGGAAGAACAGGUGCCACUCCGAGGAAGACUGCCGCUGCUCCCCGGGCCCUGGUAGCCUGCCCCGUGGCAGAGCUGCGCGCGUGCCGGCCUCCUGGCAGCGGAGCCCGCGGCGGAACCACCACAGCGAAGCAUUCUGUCCCCUCGCAGCUGCUAUCCCGAAAACUACAGGUCCUCCAGGAGGCCGAGAUAAACCUAGGCGCAGCCUUGUCUUCCGGGAGAGGAGAAUGUCUGUUUCCCCACGCGAAAUGAUGUUUAAGAUCCCGCCCGAGCCCCGAUCCCACAGUUAAGCAUCAACUGGCCGGUUAACGGGAUUGUUCUUCCGCUUGGCAUUUGCAAGGCAUGGAUUUUUCUCCGUUCUCUCCUCUGCCAAGUCUGCCUCCUCUGAGUCUCUCUGGGAGAGUAUUUGUAACUCUGCAGUUCAGUUUAAGGAAGGAAAAAAAGAAAAGACAAUUAAUUCUCCAAAGUAAUCAUGUGGUCUUUAAAAUAUUGUUAUGUAAAUCAAGCUAAGGUGUCUCUAAAUUCAUUAAGUGGGUUGGAGAGUUACUCGCCCUGGAGGGUCCCAGCAAAAUUGGCAGAGACGUUUUCACUACCCAGGUUAUGGUUGUUGACCUUUCCUUACGUCUUGCUUACACUUUCCUAGGGAGGCAGCAGGAACUCCGAGGGGCUUAUCGGAGUGGCAGAAGGAAAGCUCCCACUGAAAAUGCCUGUUAUGCACCUUCCGGGAACGGCCCUCCUCUUUCAUCUCCUCCCAGCCCCAGCUGGAAUUCCCAAAUGUAGCCUAAACCAGUACCAUACCUGCUAGACAAAUUGUAUAAAUUAGAUAUCCCUAAGAGGGAGGAGAAUUUUGGAUGGGGAGCAAAUAAAGGAAAUGGAAGCUGCCAAAA